GGCGCCAUUUUCGAGUGAAGGACCCGGAGCCGAAACACCGGUAGGAGCGGGGGGGCUACACAACCGUUUCCAGCCUUGGUCUGCGUGGACUAUCCCGCAGGUAAAGUACUUCUUUUCCUGAUCAGGUUGUCACACUGUUACUUCCUGCCCCGUCCGCGGGCGCCUGGAAAGUAGAGGCCUUGAGCUGGAGCAGCCGAAGUCUAGGCUGAGGCUGCCGCCGGGAAAUUUUCUCGCUGUCACCCCUCCCCCCUCGGCCGCUCCCCGGCAGUCGAGGCUCCCGCGCGCUUCUCCCGGGCGCCACUUCUCUGAGCUACAGAAGCGUCUCUCAGGGGACGGCGGGCGCGGGGCGGGUGGGGGUGGGGGGGUCUCAGCCUCACGGACCUCUUCUCAAGAAAUCUCGGUCUUGGUCGGACUCUAGCGUCGCCCCCUGCCCCGGCCCCCUGCCAGCCUCUCUUCUCCCAAGGGACUCAUCAGCGGGGCUGAGCCCUUGCUGGUGACCUUUCGUGGUUGCCCAGCGGGAUUCCGCCGCGGACCCCGGAGGGACAAACCCAUGUCACCCCAAGCGACCAUGCCCCGUAAGGGCACCCAGCCCUCCACUGCCCAGCGCAGGGAGGAAGGGCCGCCGCAGUCCCCGGACGGCACCAGCAGCGAAGCGGAGCCGGAGCCGCCGCCCGGCCGCGCGGGAAGCCCGGCGCCUGCCACCGCAGAGACUCCAAGUGACGAAAUUGAUAAUAGAAGUUUAGAAGAGAUUUUGAAUACCAUCCCUCCUCCCCCACCUCCAGCAAUGACCAAUGAACCUGGAGCUCCUCGUCUUAUGAUAACUCAUAUUGUAAACCAGAACUUCAAAUCCUAUGCUGGGGAAAAAAUUCUGGGACCUUUCCAUAAGCGCUUUUCCUGUAUUAUUGGGCCAAAUGGCAGUGGCAAAUCCAAUGUUAUUGAUUCUAUGCUUUUUGUGUUUGGCUAUCGAGCACAAAAAAUAAGAUCUAAAAAACUCUCAGUUCUAAUACACAAUUCUGAUGAACACAAGAAUAUUCAGAGUUGUACUGUAGAAGUUCAUUUUCAAAAGAUAAUUGAUAAGGAAGGGGAUGAUUAUGAAGUAAUUCCUAACAGUAACUUCUAUGUAUCCAGAACGGCCUACAGAGAUAAUACUUCUGUUUAUCACAUAAGUGGGAAGAAGACGACAUUUAAGGAUGUUGGAAAUCUUCUUCGAAGCCAUGGAAUUGACUUAGACCAUAAUAGAUUUUUAAUCUUACAGGGUGAAGUUGAACAAAUUGCUAUGAUGAAACCAAAAGGCCAAACUGAACAUGAUGAGGGUAUGCUUGAAUAUUUAGAAGAUAUCAUUGGUUGUGGACGGCUGAACGAACCUAUUAAAGUCUUGUGUCGGAGAGUUGAAAUAUUAAAUGAACACAGAGGAGAGAAGUUAAACAGAGUUAAGAUGGUAGAAAAGGAAAAGGAUGCCUUAGAAGGAGAGAAAAACAUAGCCAUUGAAUUUCUUACCUUGGAAAAUGAAAUAUUUAGAAAAAAGAAUCACGUUUGUCAAUAUUACAUUUACGAUCUGCAGAAACGAAUUGCUGUAAUGGAGACUCAAAAGGAAAAAAUUCAUGAAGAUACCAAAGAAAUUAAUGAGAAGAGCAAUAUACUGUCAAACGAAAUGAAAGCUAAGAAUAAAGCUAUAAAAGAUGUAGAGAAGAAGCUGAAUAAAAUUACAAAAUUUAUAGAGGAGAACAAAGAAAAAUUUACAAAACUAGAUUUGGAAGAUGUUCAAGUUAGGGAAAAAUUAAAACAUGCUACAAGUAAAGCCAAAAAACUGGGAAAACAACUUCAAAAAGAUAAAGAAAAGGUUGAAGAAUUUAAAAGUAUUCCUGCCAAGAGUGAGAAUAUCAUAACUGAGACAACAACUAGAAACAAUGCCCUUGAGAAAGAAAAAGAAAAAGAAGAAGAAAAAUUAAAGGAAGUUAUGGAUAACCUUAAACAGGAAACACAAGGGCUUCAGAAAGAAAAAGAAAGUCGAGAGAAAGAACUUAUGGAUUUUAGCAAAUCAGUAAAUGAAGCACGUUCAAAGAUGGAUGUAGCCCAAUCAGAACUUGAUAUCUAUCUUAGUCGUCAUAAUACUGCAGUGUCUCAAUUAAGUAAGGCCAAGGAAGCUCUAAUGGCAGCUUCUGAGACUCUCAAAGAAAGGAAAACUGCAAUUGGAGAUAUAGAGGCAAAACUCCCUCAAACUGAACAUGAACUAAAGGAGAGAGAAAAACAACUUCAGAAACUUACACAAGAGGAAAUAAAUUUUAAAAGUUUGGUUCAUGAUCUUUUCCAAAAAGUUGAAGAAGCAAAGAGUUCCUUAGCAAUGAAUCGAAGUAGGGGGAAAGUCCUUGAUGCAAUAAUUCAAGAAAAAAAAUCUGGCAGAAUUCCAGGAAUAUAUGGAAGAUUGGGGGACUUGGGAGCAAUUGAUGAAAAAUACGAUGUUGCUAUUUCAUCCUGUUGUCAUGCAUUAGACUACAUUGUUGUUGAUUCUAUUGAUACAGCCCAAGAAUGUGUAAACUUCCUUAAAAGACAGAAUAUUGGAGUUGCAACCUUUAUAGGUUUGGAUAAGAUGGCAGUGUGGGCAAAGAAAAUGACCAAAAUUCAAACUCCUGAAAAUACUCCUCGGUUAUUUGAUUUAGUAAAAGUAAAAGAUGAGGAAAUUCGCCAAGCUUUUUACUUUGCCUUACGGGAUACCUUAGUAGCUGACAACUUAGAUCAAGCCACAAGAGUAGCAUAUCAAAAAGAUAGAAGAUGGAGAGUGGUAACAUUACAGGGACAAAUCAUAGAACAGUCAGGUACAAUGACUGGCGGUGGAAGCAAAGUAAUGAAAGGAAGGAUGGGUUCAUCAGUUGUUGUUGAAAUCUCAGAAGAAGAGGUAAAUAAAAUGGAAUCACAGUUGCAGAGAGACUCGCAAAAAGCAGUGCAAAUUCGGGAACAGAAAGUACAACUGGAAGAAGCAGUAGUUAAGUUAAGGCAUAGUGAACGAGAAAUGAGGAACACACUAGAAAAGUUCACUGCAAGCAUCCAGCGUUUAUCAGAGCAAGAAGAAUAUUUGAAUAUCCAAGUUAAGGAACUUGAAGCUAAUGUACUUGCUACAGCCCCUGACAAAAAAAGGCAGAAAUUGCUAGAAGAAAAUGUUAGUGCUUUCAAGACAGAGUAUAACAAUGUGGCUGAGAGAGCUGGUAAAGUGGAAGCAGAGGUUAAAAGGUUACACAAUAUUAUCAUAGAAAUCAAUAACCAUAAACUAAAGGCCCAACAAGACAAACUUGAUAAAAUAAAUAAGCAACUAGAUGAAUGUGCUUCUGCUAUUACUAAAGCCCAAGUAGCAAUCAAGACUGCUGACAGAAAUCUUAAAAAAGCACAAGACUCUGUCUUUCGCACAGAGAAAGAAAUAAAAGAUACUGAGAAAGAAGUAGAUGACUUAAAAGCAGAACUAAAAAGUCUUGAAGACAAAGCAGCAGAGGUUGUAAAGAACACAAAUGCUGCAGAGGAGUCCUUACCAGAGAUCCAGAAAGAACAUCGUAACCUACUUCAAGAACUAAAAGUAAUUCAGGAAAAUGAACAUGCUCUUCAAAAAGAUGCACUUAGUAUUAAGUUGAAACUUGAACAAAUAGAUGGUCACAUUGGUGAACAUAAUUCUAAAAUAAAAUACUGGCAAAAAGAGAUUUCAAAAAUAUCAUUACAUCCCAUAGAAGACAAUCCUGUUGAAGAGAUUCCAGUUCUAAGCCCAGAAGAUCUUGAAGCAGUCAAGAACCCAGAUUCUGUAACAAAUCAAAUUGCGCUUUUGGAAGCCCAGUGUCAUGAAAUGAAACCAAACCUUGGUGCCAUUGCAGAGUAUAAGAAGAAGGAAGAAUUAUAUUUACAACGGGUAGCAGAAUUGGACAAAAUUACUUAUGAAAGAGAUAAUUUUAGGCAAGCAUAUGAAGAUCUUCGGAAACAAAGGCUUAAUGAAUUCAUGGCUGGUUUUUAUAUAAUAACCAAUAAAUUAAAGGAAAAUUACCAGAUGCUUACUUUGGGAGGUGAUGCUGAGCUGGAGCUUGUAGACAGCUUGGAUCCUUUCUCUGAAGGAAUCAUGUUCAGUGUUCGACCACCUAAGAAAAGUUGGAAGAAGAUCUUCAACCUUUCAGGAGGAGAGAAAACACUUAGUUCAUUGGCUUUAGUGUUUGCUCUUCACCACUACAAACCCACUCCCCUGUACUUCAUGGAUGAGAUUGACGCAGCCCUUGAUUUCAAAAAUGUUUCCAUUGUUGCAUUUUAUAUAUAUGAACAAACAAAAAAUGCCCAAUUCAUAAUAAUUUCUCUUCGAAAUAAUAUGUUUGAGAUUUCAGAUAGACUUAUUGGAAUUUACAAGACAUACAAUAUAACAAAAAGUGUUGCAGUAAACCCAAAAGAAAUUGCAUCUAAAGGACUCUGCUAAACUUGUUUAUACCGAAGACUUCUCAAAUUGAAUCACCAUAGACUGUAUUUACUGACUUUCUAUGUGUAAAGUUAUCAGUUAUAUAAAAUACAUAUUCUUAAACUGGAUCAUGUAACUAGCUUCUAUUUUAUGCUGUUAAGUAAGAGAUGUUACAAGUCUAAUAAAAUAUUCUCUAUACCUGCUUCUAGGAGAUUGUAAGAAACUGACAGUUUUGUAAGUGGCAGACUAUGGAGAAAAUAAAAUGUCUGGGGGUGGUCAGGUGACUUACCCUUAGUCCCAAACUGCCACCUGCAGAGUUAAGUGUGUUACUUGAUAAACAGUACAGUUCUAAACUAGAUCAUGUUACCAAAACGCAGCAUACUUUCAUGGACCUUUGGCCUACAAUGGAAAAGCCUACCAACUGCUACUAUAGUAAAAAUUUUAAGGUAUUCCACUUAGUAAUUUAAUCGCUAUUUAUUACCCAAAUACUGAGAACAUUUUUUUUUAAACCAGUCAUUCUGAAUUAUUAGAAUAAAAAAAUUUAAAUUUUGUACAUUCUUUUCUAAAACUUGAUGUGCUUGACUGUUUAAAACACUUGCAAAGGGGCAGCAAAUACGUCUGUAAUAACCUGGAUGUCUCAUUAGUUAAAGGAAAAAAAGUACCCACUAUUGUUGCUUCAGAAAAAGAAUGAAGUGUAUAAGGAUUAAUUUCCUUAGUAUAAAUGGAAAUUAAGAUGGAGUGCUGUUUUCCCAUCAAGUUAUCAAGGGGUUUUUUUUGUUGUUGUGUUACACUGUAUUAGCUCAAGAACAUUACAAUGGUACUGGAAAUAAGUUGGCUACCAACCACUUGGUUUUCAGGAGACAUUUUGGUAUUGAAUCAAAAGUCUGUCCUAGCUAUUCAGUUUCUAGAUACUGAUUCUGAGGAAUUAAAAUUAAAAAUUACCUUGUUAAUUCAGUGCAAUAUUGUUUAGAUACUAAAACCCAACAAAGACAGUCUGUAUCAUAAUAUAACCAUUAAAAUGUAAGUAUAUUAGCAUGGACUUAAAUAAAGCAAGACCUAAAACUCAAGUAUGAUCAUU